AUGGACUCAACCGAUCAAACUUGCGAAAGCCUUGGUAUUCUCAAUCGCCUACCCCUGGAGCUUUUGAACCAAGCCAUCUACAUUCUUCCUAACGCCGACAUCAAGAAUCUCCGCCUGGCGUGCUCUUAUCUCAGGAGCAUCUCUCUUCAACGUUUUAACCGGGUCUUUAUAUCUGCCAACUUACGCGACAUUGAGGUCUUUACCUUGAUUGCGAACCAUGAUACUUUUCGGUUCAAAGUCACCGAGAUCAUUUACGAUGAUUCACGCUUUGAUCAUUCUUGGGGGAGACGGUUUGUCGAGAUGAAUGAAGACUUGAAAGACACCACACAAGUGCUGUACUGGUUCAGAAGGGUUUACAGUUCCAUCGUCGAAGCGAUUGACGGCGGGGAAGAAAUUUAUCAGGCCAUGCCUCAUAUCAAGGAAGCUUUCAAGACUCGCUGCACCCUAGCUGAGUCAUAUGAAGUAUAUCGCAAGCUUAAAUCACAGCAAGACGAAGUCCUUGCCUCGGGCUGGGACGCUGAGGUUCUGAGAUAUGGUCUGUCGCGGUUUCCAAAUCUAAAAAGAGUUACCCUCAGUCCUGCUGCGCAUGGAAUUCAUGGAAGGCCGCUAUAUUACACGCCUACCAUCAGAUCUCUUCCGCAGGGCCUAAUAUACCCUCUGGAACGUGGUUGGCCCAUGCCACCACCAUUUGAGGAGCAUCCCCUCGCGCCUUGGGAUGAAACAUCAAAGCAAGAGUGGCGUGGAUUUUGUGUCGUCACGAAGCAAAUCGCUCAACAUAUUCGUGAGAACCCGACGUUUGACCUCGCUGAGCUUGUUGUGGAAAGCCGGCAGCUUUGGACAGGAAUUGACUGCCGUCUGUUUGAGAACCCAGCCAGUGAUGAAUAUCACGAUCUUGUCACCAUCCUGAGUCACCCUCCGCUAAGACGUCUGGAGUUAUCACUAGCCUGUAGUACUGAGCCCAGGCAAAACUGGCCUUCUUUCCGUUCCGGACUCCUCUUUAGAGCUCUGAGCAAAGCAAAGAACUUGCAAAGUAUUCGUUUCUAUACUAGCAUUCCUUUUGUAAGCAGGAAAUGGCACGACUUUGUGGAUGGCGAACAAAAUGGUAUGCCUCUGCGGAGCAUAUUCUCAAUCAAUGAGUGGUGUAAUUUACGUCACUUUGCCCUUUCUCGAUCUUUUGUCAAACAAAGAGAUGUUAUGGCCUUCAUCUCUACACUCCCAACCUCACUGGAGUCUCUGGAGUUGAGCUUUCUCAGCUUCCUUCCCCGCGAGGGAACUUACAGGGACUUGUUACAGGACAUGCGCUGCAACUCGGGGUGGAGGGAGAGGCUAGUGCGUUGUCAGCCAAAACUCAUUGUAUUUGUUGUUGAGACUGAAACAGCAACGGAUGGUGCCGCGGUAGACGUCAGCCGUGCUGUAAUGGACUACAUGUAUAACCACGGAGAAAAUCCCUUUGUAGAGGAUCAGAUUAUGGAGGUUUUGGAUGGCAAGGGGACAAAAUCAAUUUGCUUGAUCCGGUGUAUGACGAGGAAUUGCAUUACGACAAGAUGA